AUGUUUGUGGACGCGACGUACAAGAGCGUACCGGCAAAUUUCUACCAGCUGAUCAUUGUUAUGGUCUUUGACGAAAUUUCGGAUCUCUACAUCUCGUGCUGCUACGCGCUAAUUACGGGUAAGAGUUCAAAGGUGUACAACUGUGUCCUGUACCAUACCAGCUCGGGUAUUGACUUCGCUCUGAACUCUGCCCACGUGUCAUGCGACUUCGAGCAAGAAGGUUUACGGCGAAAAAUGCUGAAGCUCAAGAUUCCACAGGGAAAAGUUGAUAUCGCUAUGGUUCCAGGUGCGAUCGACGAAUUCACAGGAAUUCGGCGAAGCGAAAUUUUACGUUCUGGGAUUCGCGGUGUGAAGCAAACCAUUCUCGAGGAGUGUCGCGACCUGAAAAUUCCAUACUUGACAGAGAAGUGGGGCAAGUUCUGGAAGAAUUUCACUCAUAUGUUGCAGCGGGGCUGCCGUAACUAA